AUGUCAUCCAAACUACCACAAACUACUUUAAGCUUAAAACAGUUUCUCUUACGUCAAGAAGUAUUAAAAUUAUACAGGGAAAUAUUCAGAACGUUGAGACAAAUACCAGACGAAAGCACACGUUCAGAACUGAAGGUUUGGGCCAGAGCAGACUUUAGAAAUAAUAAACAUCAUACUGAUGAAUCAGCAAUUAGGAGCAUGUUGUAUUAUGGAAGGAAAUCAUUGACAGAUUUAAAAAAAUCAUUAGCGCUUAGUAAAAGCUAA